AAAUGGCGACGUCAGAUUCUUCAGCAGAACAAUACAGAUCGAGAGUACUCACAGGGGAUCUACCUGAAGGAUUUUUACAACUUGAUGAGAAUCGAACAACUUCCAACCCGACAAGGAAUGUUCAACCACAACAUGCAAUGUAUCAACCCAAUGUCCCAAUGCAUGUUGUCACACGAAUAAAGGUGACGGUUGCUCAGGCCAAGCUUGCUAAAAAUUAUGGGCUCACCAGAAUGGACCCAUAUUGUCGUAUCAGGAUUGGUCAUCAUGUAUUUGAAACACAAACUGACACAAAUGGUUCAACCAAUCCUCGUUGGAAUAAGACAAUUACAUGUCCCUUUCCACGUAACUCUGUCAACUCCAUUUACAUUGAGAUCUUCGAUGAGAAUGCCUUUUCUCCAGACUCCCAGAUUGCAUGGGGCUUGAUCAAGAUCAAGGAUGAUCUGCCUGAUGGUGAGACCCAUGAUGAGUGGUACCCAUUAAGUGGCAAGCAAGGUGAAGAUAAAGAGGGUAUGAUAAAUGUUGUCAUGUCAGUCAUGGAAUCAACUGAACCGGUCCCAGCUACUCCAGUGAUGAUUUUCCCCCAAAGCUAUUCAAUCGCCCCACAGGUGUACUACCCACCCGUGCCUUAUGCUAUGCCACAGCAAAUCCCCGUCUCACGGCCGCCCCCCGCUGCUCAGGUCAGACCCGAUGACGUCAAGAAUAUCAAAGAUAUGUUUCCUGAUAUGGACGAGGAGGUGAUUCGUUCGGUUCUUGUGGCCAGCGGUGGUAAUGUCGACGCAGCUCUUAAUCAUUUGUUGAGUAUGAAUGAAAAAUGAACUAAUUAUACGAAGUGUAGUUGACGUAUUUCUUCAUAGUAUUGUCUGCAUAGACUAUAAAAUGUGUGGAAAUGGUGAUAAUUUUACAGUUUAGUCUUGAUAUGCUGAUAUAAUAGCGUUAAAAGAAGAUAUAAUCACUCAUCACAUCUUAUAACAGUUUGUUAUUGACGAGGUAGGCCGUAUCGUCGCAGAAUUGUCAAAACAUAAGGCUUGCAUGUAUCAAACGAGACACGAGUCGUGGCAAAUUUCAACUUUUAAAUCUAUGAUAUGAGAGACAAUUUUUGCUGAAAUCAUUUUUAAACAUAUGCAUGCAGGCAGUUGCUCAAACUGCCAUGCACAUUACCUCGUGUAACUCGUGUACCUCGAGCGUUUAAGUGAAGUUUUCGGUGAUGAUGAAAAGGGCAAAGUUAUGCAUUUACUGCCUCGCAUUCGUUCCGGAUAUUUGAAGAUAUUUCAAUUUUCCCGGCUGGUAUGCAUGUGUGGCAUCAAGUAAUAAUGCAUAUGUUUGCGAAAGAAAAAGUUGUUAACUCUCUAGGAAGUUUUAAUUUGCAGUUUGCGUUUUAUGACACAUAUCGAUUGCGUCGUGUGUCUGAAAUGAUUUUUUGACAAUUUGAUUGACAUGUAGUUUGUAGUCGAAAAAUGAUUUUCUUUACAUUAUAAACACCAAACAUUUCCGCUUGAUACAUUAAAAAAUGAUUAAUUCAUAAUUGUGUCUGCAUGCUUCGAAGGUUGGUAUAUUCUCUUUACCAUCUCCUUUUGAGCUUUUAUUGCUUAAGAUAUUAUUAAAUAAAUAAAUAAAUAAAGUAGAUUAGUUGUAAAGUUAGAUUAAAAAGUGUGGAUUGUAUACUGACCUGACCUGUAAGUUGUGAUAAUAAAUAAUUGAAUGUUGAUUUUCGAAGGCU